CCCUUUUUCUCCUCCGUCCAUAACCUGCCUUGGCUCCUCCUCCCUCCCCCCCCCUGCUCCACCACUGAAUGGGGCCUUUGUGGGGGGGCUUCCCAGCAUUCCUAGGGAAUUCUUGCAGCAUGAGAGUACUUUCCAGUGCUGAGCUCACCUCUCCUUGAAGGACCUGCUGCAAGCAACAGGGUGUGACCACACGAGCAGACCGAGUGGGAGGAAAGGAUCCUGAUCUCUCUAACCAGGUGAGCGACCACACACACAUACUCAAAAAAAAAAACGACUUGCUCACUGGAGCCUGUCGCCUCACACAAAUAUCAAGCACAUUAGGGAAAGCAUUAGCUCAUGAGUCAAUAUUUGUUUUAUCUAAACUCUCCCAGAGGUCUUAGCAGAGAGUGAUAACAUAUACUAUCUGAUGAGGAAUAGGUGUUUUACAUAAACUGUAUGAUUAACAGACUGGCUUCACAUAGACAGGUCCGUGGGAGCUUGACUAACUGAAGGUGAGUAUGGGAUUCUGUGUGAGUGUGUACAGUAUUGACAGUUUUCUGUCACUGAUGUGCAUCGAUUGACCAUAAAUUAAAAUACCGGGACACUUGAAGGUGUGAAAAUUUAAGAUUUUUAGAUUUUCAGAUAUUCCAACUUUUAAAGACGUUGCUUUCUUUGGAUAUUUGUCACACACUGUCUGCAUCUGCUCAGCUCCCCUCUCUUAUGUUGUAACUUGUCAAGAGGACACUGCCUGCAGGUAUGUAUGCUCGUCUUCCCAUGCUGGCUUAACUCGCAUUAAGUAUCAUGGACACCCUAAUAUCUCAUUGAAUUAAUCAGAUUAAGCAAUUUUUAUUAGCAUGCCUAUUUGUCGAGACAGUUUUGAUUGCAAAUUUUUAACGUUGCUUUUCAACUGCUCAGAUAAAAUUUUCUUUUUUAUCUAUUCUGUUGUGGGCAGAGUCCACGAGAGCAAGGAAUUUACUUCUCUCUAAUCUUGGUCCUCACCCUUCUUUAUCUUUGUUGCCCUUUGAUAUCUAUAGUUGUUCUCCAUCUCCAAAUGACUCAUUUCCUCCAUUACUGCAGGCCAGUUCACACAGUGUGGUGAAUACAGUGGUUCUACUGGCAAGUGACCAGUAGGAGGUAGUGGCAAAUCACAAGUGAAGGUUCAAGACAAAAUAAGUAGUGGUGCAUUUUUGUCUUGAAAUUCUUGCCAGUCUGUUUCCAGUGUUCAUUUAUUAACUGUUUGUUUCUGCCAUAGAGUUACACUCUAUGAGCUCUGCAUUGGCUCUACUUUGUGCUCUCCACUUUAACAAAAAUAUUUGAUCUAAAUCAUAUUCGGAGUCCAAAAAUUAACCAAUAUGUAGGAAAAAAUGACAAAUUUUGCGUGACUUCUCGCUUCUGAAGUCACACCUAUCCAUCAAUAAUUGAAUCAAUCAAUCAGACAUUAUUUAUAAAGCCUUAGUUAUAUAAGUGUCACAGAAAGGCUUUACACAAAAUAACACGAGAGAGAGAGAGAGGGAGAAAAGAAUGCUGUGAACUAAGACUUAAAACAAACCAAAAUACUUGAUAUAUUAACAGAUGAAUAAAUGAAGUAAAAGACAAAUGAAAGGUAAAAAUGCAAAAUUAUGUUUCCUAAUAAAGUUCAUACAUAUAAAGACCUAAUAAAAAGGCAAGUUACUGUGUUUGCUUUUCAAAAUGUCAAAGUUCUCCGUUGCAGCAGGUUUUCAGGAAAGCCUACACAGACGUCACUAUCUUCUUUUACAAUUACACGUUUGAAUUGAAAAAAAGAUUUCAUUUUAAAGCCUGACCCUGAAACUUCACGUCUUGCUUCAUGGCUCUCUGAUUGAGUGUUUUAUUGCCCCUGGGUGAACCCUCCAAUCAGCAUGUUGCAGACAGUCAGUGACUGGCUAUGGUGGGAGCGUCUGUGGCUGCCCGGGAACGUCUCCUGGGCUAAUCUGGAGGACAGUGAAGGUCGUGUCUACGCUAAAGCCUCUCAGCUUUAUGCAGCGGUGCCCUGCGCCCUCUGCCUGCUCCUCGUCAGAUACCUGUUCGAGAGGUUUCUGGCCACACCACUGGCUAAUGCUUGGGGAAUCAAGGACAAGGUCCGACUUAAAGCAGAAUCAAACCACAUCCUGGAAAGUUUUUUCUGCAGCCAAACACGGGUUCCAUCACAGGCUGAUGUGAGGGCUCUUUGUAAGAAGACCAGUUUGCCAGAAGGGAGAGUUCAUAUCUGGUUCAGGAGGAGGAGGAACCAGCAGCGUCCAGGGCUUCGCAAGAGGUUCUGUGAGGCCAGUUGGAGAUGUGUGUUUUAUUUUUUUGCAUUUGUCUACGGAGUCUGGGCUCUCUAUGAUAAACCCUGGCUUUAUAAUCUGAGGGAGGUUUGGGCUGGCUUUCCUAAACAGUCCAUGCUGCUAUCCCAGUACUGGUAUUACCUCCUGGAAAUGGGCUUCUACCUCUCUCUGCUCCUCAGCCUCACAUUUGAUGUGAAACGGAAGGACUUCAAAGAGCAGGUGAUUCAUCAUAUAGCCACAUUGACUCUUCUGAGCUUCUCCUGGAUCUCAAACUACAUCCGUGUUGGAACCCUCGUGAUGGCGCUUCAUGACUCAGCUGACAUACUGCUCGAGGGUGCCAAAGUAUUAAACUACGCCAAGUGGCACCAGACUGCUAAUGCCAUGUUUGUGGUGUUCACACUUCUCUUUAUGAUGACCAGACUUGUCAUAUUUCCAUUCUGGCUGAUCCACUGUACAUGGGUGUACCCUGUCGAGCUGUUUGCGCCCUUCUUUGGCUACUACUUCUUCAAUGUGAUGUUGUGUGUUCUUCAAAUACUCCACUUCUACUGGGCUGUUUUGAUUUCACGGAUGUUUUACAAGUGUAUCUUCAGCAAGCUGGAAGGCGAUGACAGGAGUGAUGAAGAUGAGGAUGACUCACCUGAGGAAAGAAAUCAAAAAAUGAAUCACAAAAAUGGCUCCGGAGUCAGAGGCCGGGCCAAUGGCCACUGACACACAAAAAGAAAGAGACACGGUGAUGGAAGACACAUGGACUGAAUUGAUGUUUCUCUGAGCUAAUACAAAAACACACACUUGAGCAAAGAUUUAGGAAAGUGUUAAAGAUUUUUACAUAAACUUAUAUGAAGCCGCAUGGUUCCUGAAAGUCACUAAACUCUGUGCUAUAGGCUACUUACUUUGUAAUUCUUCUUCCAAUCGAAAAUAUUAUAUUUUAUUUCCCCUUUUUUUUUUUGCAUUUAACCAUGUUUUUGAGGAUGAUAAUGAUAUUGUCAUGGAUAACUUGUAAGUGUCUGUGUAUUGAAAUGUGCUACCAUGUGUUUUUUGGUGGAUUAGUUUGAUGUAAAAUCGAAGAAAAAACACAAAGUAUUAAAGACUUGCUCCUGCUGUAAGUUUAUUUAAA